GAUUGGGAGUAAUCCCCCACUGUGAUAUCUUUAUUUACAUUCACAAUUUCCUUUGAUAUUUUGGUUUUCAUUACAGUGCCCCUGGAGGAGGGAGGGUACAUGCCUCCUAAGUUUGUUUGUGCAGGUCAGUUUUAAAACAGAAGGAAAGGUCAGGUAUUGGCAACAAGUUGUUCAUUUGGAGAUCUGGUGUGCAGUCAUCUGAUGGGCUGAAUGGCCUUUUUUAUGCCGUUUCCCCAUUCUUUGGCAUUCUCAAAGCGCAGAUAUACAGGGCCCAACCCAAGCUUUAAGGUACUGAAAACCACCAACUACAGAUCCUGGAGAUCCGAGACAAAAAAGCAGAAAUUGCUGGUGAAACUCAGCGGGUCUGGCAGCAUCUGUGAAGAUAAAAAUAAGCACUUCACAGAUGGUGCCAGAACCGCUGAGUUUCUGCAACAAUUUCUGUUUCAGAUCCUUCUUCAGAGCUGGGCUCGAAACGUUUAACUCUUUUCUUUCUCUCCACAGAUGCUGCCAGACCUGCUUGAGUUUCUCCAGCAAUUUCUCUGUUUUUGUAUCAAGCUCUGGUGUCUUUUACACCCACUAGUACUCAAUCUGCCUGGAUGUAGAGGGAGGGGGAAGGAGACAUGAAUCAGUGCCCCCAACAGAGAGGGGGGGAUUAGAGCAGCCGUGGGGGCGGGGCUGAAGCUGUUUUUUUGUGAAUGGAAGCUUGGCGCCCUGGCAGCUGAUUGGCCAGGAAAUGGAUACCUUGGGAGUUUCGCUGCACCCGGAAACAGGCGGAUCCGGCGAGAGGGAGGUGUGUCAGUGCGGGGCUAAUAUCUCACCUCCCUUCCCCAACCCCCUCUCCUUCGUCCUCAGUGUCUGCAGCAUCCUCUUCCUCAGCCCGAUGGCCAGCCGCCUCCUCCUGCAUCGCCUCCCCUUCCUCAGGUUUUCCUCCACUUCCGCCGCCGCCGCUCCCCCGAAGCAGAAGGAGCCUCCUCGGGACCGCAGCCGGCCCUGCGUGACCCACAAGGGGAGCGUCCGCUCGCAACCGCCCGCUGCUCCCGGCUCCACCGCCGCUGUCAUCCCGGAUUUCGGCAACUACCGUGAAGCGUAUCGGAGCAAGAGCAGCGCGGAGCUGGUGCGGAGCCUGCUGGUGUUCCGGCUCUGCUCGUACAGUGUGAUAGUGGACCGGCACAAGGAGCUCAUCAAUCUCAGUCGGUUCUUGCUUGGGAAAUGGCUCUUCGAGAAGGUCAUGACGAUGACUUUUUAUGGACAGUUUGUGGCUGGAAAGGACCAAGAUGACAUCAAACCCUUGAUCCAGCAUUAUCGCUCCUUUGGAGUGGGGUCCAUUCUAGAUUACAGUGUUGAGGAAGACUUGACCCAAGAGGAAGCGGAGAAAAAAGAAAUGGAAUCCUGCGAGCCUCUAGUCGAGAAGGAAGUUAAAGGCAGCGUUCACAGGGAGAAGAAAUUCCGGCCUCACAAACAAUUUGGAGACCGUCGAGAAGAUGUCUUUAGUGCUCGGACAUACUUUUACGCUGAUGAAUCGAAAUGCGACCAAUUCAUGGAGACCUUCCUGAAGUGUAUUGCAGCAUCUGGUGGGAGUUCCGAGGAUGGAUUUUCUGCCAUCAAGCUGACAGCACUGGGGAGGCCACAGUUCCUGCUGCAGUUCUCCGAGGUGCUGGUUAAGUGGCGUGGUUUCUUUCGCCAGCUUGCUGCUGAGCAAGGAAAAGCCGGCCAGGCUGUGGUUGACAUGAAGCUGGAUAUGGAGCGACUGCAGAAUAGCUUGACUAAACUUGGCAUAGCCACCUUGGAAGAGAUCACCGACUGGUUUGAUGGAGAGAAGAUUGGACAGUCUGGCACUGUAGACCUGUUGGACUGGAAUAAUCUGAUUGACAACAGGACAGAAGUUGCCAAACUCUUUGUAGUUCCAAACCUACAGACCGGUGAGAUUGAACCACUCCUCCUACAGUUCACGGAGGAGGAGGAACUCCAGAUGAAAAGGAUGCUGCAGAGAAUGGAUAUUCUAGCAAAGGAAGCCUUGAAGAGGGGUGUCCGCCUCAUGGUUGAUGCCGAGCAGACCUAUUUCCAGCCAGCUAUCAGCAGGCUGACCCUGGAGAUGCAGAGGAAAUUUAACACUGAGAAGCCCACUAUCUUCAAUACCUACCAGUGUUACCUAAAGGAUGCUUAUGAUAAUGUGUCUAUGGAUGUAGAACUGUGCUGCCGGGAAAACUGGUACUUUGGGGCAAAAUUGGUGAGAGGUGCAUAUAUGGCCCAAGAACGAAAGCGUGCCAGAGAGAUUGGAUAUGAGGAUCCCAUCAACGAAACCUAUGAAGAUACAAAUAACAUGUAUCACAGGUGUUUGGAUUACAUCCUGGAUGAAAUCAAAGUGAACAAGAAAGCCAAUGUAAUGGUGGCUUCGCACAAUGAGAAAACAGUUGCCUAUACACUGCACAGAAUGCAUGAACUUGGACUCCAUCCAUCAUCUAGGAAGGUCUACUUUGGCCAGUUGCUGGGCAUGUCUGAUCAGAUCAGCUUCCCCCUUGGCCAGGCUGGCUACUCGGUGUACAAAUAUGUCCCUUACGGCCCAGUGGAAGAGGUUUUGCCCUACUUGUCCAGGCGUGCACAGGAAAACAGAGGCAUGGUGGCAGGAACCCAGCGGGAGCGUGACCUACUGUGGAAUGAGCUGAAACGCAGGAUCUUGCAGGGGCACUUAUUCCAAACCGUGUAUUAGAGAGCUGCAUGCAAGGGGAGGGCCUGACAGUCUGGUUUUCAAGGUGGCUACUGGGUAGGAGAGGAGGCAUGUUCUCUACAUUGAUGCACAAAGUGCUUUAACAGUGCUGGGAGAGAGAUGUUCUCCUGUGAUUUGUUUAAGGGGACUCGAAGCUUUGGUAAAAGUGUCUCCCACAAACCAAGCUCAAAGCAAAAGUAAUUCUGCUUGAUGGUCUUUAGUAACUGAGCUGUCUUGGCGUCUGGCCCUUUUUCUCCUUAGGGCUGCAAGGUGCGACAGCUCUUUCCUUCUAUUUACUUUCAACCCAUCCAAAGCCUGUUGGAUACAUUAACAUUUAAACAUCUUGCACCAUAUUACUAUGAAGAGUCCUAAUUGUUAUUAGGGACAUUCCCCUUCAUACUUUAGGUAACUUCGGUAAAGCUAUAGGGAAACGGCAGAGAGACAGUGCAUUUGUUUCUGCUGAACUUCCGACGUUAGAUCUGGCAAGCCUCCUAUUUUGUGGAUCUUUUUGGAAAGUAUAUGGGGACCCCCUAAGGAGACCCAUUGCAUUACAGAAAUAUACCGGCCUGUUGUUGUCUCAGAUGUUGAUGUUGCUGUCAGUUUCUGCUUUCCUCCUUGGGAAGGUGAGAUGAUGCCUCAUCCUGUUUUAUUGUUGAGGCAGUUACCCUUUGUGGGGCGGUGGGGUAUUGUCUUUGCAGAUAUUGACGAAAAUCGUGAAUUGGAAAGAAAUGUCUCCCUUUGUAGGUUUGCUACUCACCGCAUUUGUUUAACAAUACAAAAGCCCUCUUUAGUAAUUCUCCAGUUUUUGUUUGACAGGAAGUUACAAUAGUAAAGAAAUUUUUUAAAAAUGCCAUCUUUAACUUAUGCAAGUUCCUCUCCUCAGGCUACUGGGAGGAGUGUAGGGUGAGUCUGCUCUGAUGCUUUGCACAACAAUUGCUAUGACAUUAUUACUCUGCUGUUUGUGUGUGAACACUGGAGGCUGUGAUAAUGAGCCCUUUCAUCACAGACUGAACACUUGCGUACCUCCUGACAGAAAGAGCCUGUCAUAAGGCAUAUGAGCUGCCUGCUCCACUUGCUAGAUUUUGACAGUGUAUUUACGUGUGUGUGUGUGUGUGUAUAUAUAUGUUACCACUGUGGUUACAGCGCACUAAUGAAUGUGCCUCAAACUCAACACUGGAAAUGGACCGAAUAAUCUUCAAUUGCAACUUUGAUUCAUUGAAAAUGUGCAAAUUAGUUUGAAACUGUUAUCUGAAUUUUUUUCAGAUUUCUGUGGAGAUUUGUCAUUGAUCUAACCAUUAACCUGCUACUCUUGCCUCAAAGGGGAAAAAAUACUUGCGCACAAGAAGAUAAGAAACAUUGUCUUCUGAGUGUUAUACAAUGUGUGAUAUUUGCUCUCUGCAGCUGCUGGAUUAACCUUAUUACGAGCACUUUGCAGUAUUUUAGUCGACCUGCAAAGCUCUACUUCAAAGGCAGAUGUUGAUCUUUGCCACUUAACUGUGUAAUGUGGACAGAACUGACCUACUGGAGGUGUUUGUGUUUAAUGAGAGACUUUCCAGUUUUCAGUGGGUCACUUGAUGUUUGGUAUUAAUCCACUGUCACAGUAACCAAUGAGGAAGUUAUCCACUCCCUUCCUUUCUUAGUGUCUAUUGGCCCAUCAGACCUUUCCAAAUGCACGGGAAACUCCAGCUACAUUGUCUCAUCAUGCUUUGUAAAGUCAAAAAAUCCAAGUUAGUAAACCAGCCAAGCCUAGGAAUGCCUGGUGGGUUGACAGAUUAUUCGCAAUCCCACCCUCCCCACCUCUCUGAUCCAGUCAUGUUUCUCACUGUUUAUCAGAAAACUGACUCUGUCGAGCUUUCCAACUAGUAACAGUGAUCAUUUGACUUUGGAUUAAAGAAGAGUUUAGAUGUAAGCAGCAGAGAGAAGUGAGAAAUAAGUCUGACUACAGCAGCAAUAAUCCUUAAUCAUUUUUGAUUAAAGGGUUUCUCUUCAAAUGUAUCGGUAAUCCCAGACCACAUUCUUCCCCCAACCAUGUACAACUCAUGUAAAUCAAAAUGGGAAAGUGUUGCAUGUGAAGAGUUUUUAAUUUAUUGAAGUAAACAGGUUUUUACUUAGAUAUUUACUUAAGGAUAUAGCCAACUUCCCACAUCUUUAGCACUCCUUCAUUUGGGAUGUACUCCUAAGGUCAGUCAGCCCACACAAUCUGAACUGCACAUGUUGCAGUUGCGCUCCUCUCUCUCUCUUCCUGAAUCAUGCUGAGCCUAUUUCUGAAUGUCCAUGAGUUGCUGCCCUAUUGGGGAGCAUGCCUGGGAUCUGUAGUACAUAGGGAUCCCUAGUGAGACCCACUGCUGUUGUCUCGGAUGUUGAAGUCACUUUCUCGUUUGCUCUGGGGAAGGUGAAAUGAUGCCUCGUCCUUUUUUUUAUGUGGGGUGUUGGGUGUUGCCUUUGUAGAUAUUCAUGAAAGUCAUGAAUUGGACUCCAUUGUUUGACUCUGAAUUGGUAAGAUCUGAUGUGGUUGUUGCUGAGGAGAAAGAAUUCACUAAUGGUUGUAAUCUAUGGCCCCUUAUUUUCAAUACUUUAUGCUUUGGAGGAUCAUAAAUGUCAAUUUUUGAAGCUUUGUGAAUGUGUGAUAUGAUGUGAGAAAGGGGAUCCAGUGUUAUAUAAAGUCUGAAUUACAGGAGGAGAAGCAAAACAAGCUUCAAAAGUAUCGGUAGCUGUAGCAAAUUGUUUGGGUAAGCUGUGCAUUUGCAAGCCCUCUGCACAUUCUUGGUCCUUGAUCAACUUGAUUCGAACUAAAUGUAGGUGUUGUCAAGUUAGCCUUCCUUUCUGUUGGAUGUACAUGAGGCAUGGUGUCCUUGGGAGCAUCAUGUGACUACAUACCGUAACUGCUAACGUAACAGUCAACCCUGCAGCAAACAAACAGUUGGAAAAGUCAUUGGAUCAUCAGAUUACUUAAACUAAUGAGUCAUUUAAGAGGGAAAGGGGGUGGAGUGUGAUGUGAUCUGUUUAUUUGGGAAUUCUGAUGCUGAGUGAUUUUCUUUUGACUUGUUUUUAAAGUUGCCCUGUGCUUUCUACUGAUUUACCUGGUUGUGUUCCAGCCCCUCAGGUUUUCAAUAAAUUUAUUUGUGUA